UGACUUUUGCACGGCGUGUGUGUGUGUGAUUCGGGAACAUUGUGUCUCUAUACAUUGCGCUCGCAUGAGCAAGGGAGGGGCCGCCGCCGCUGCGAAACUGACGGAUAGAAUGAAUGCAAAGAGCCAAAAGAACACUUCCUGUUGAUGCAAAAAUUGCAGCAGCAACUGUCUGACACAUCUGGACUGGAGCGAGGGGGGGAGGCCUGGCCGUGGCUGUUAGCGAACCGCGAAGGGGGAAUAUGGACAACGUUUAGUGUUAUAAUCUGCAGCACGGUGGUUGACAAACUGGAGAAACACAUCCAAGAAAUGGACGACGGCAGCUACAUCGAGUUCGAUGUGCCGGAGUUCAGCAACACUGUUUUGACUCAACUCAAUGAGUUACGACUGCAGGGCAAGUUAUGUGACAUCAUUGUUCACAUUCAGGGUCAGCCAUUUCGCGCCCACAAGGCUGUGCUGGCAGCUAGCUCACCCUAUUUUCGUGACCACUCGGCUCUCAGCACCAUGAGUGGCCUCUCGAUCUCAGUCAUCAAAAGCCCUGAGGUGUUUGAGCAGCUUCUUGCGUUCUGCUACACAGGCCACAUGUCCCUACAGCUGAAGGACAUCAUCAGUUUCCUCACCGCUGCUAGCUUUCUGCAAAUGCAGGUUAUUAUUGACAAGUGCACCAAGAUCCUGGAGAGCAUCCACUCCAAAAUCAGCAUCCCAAUUAAUGCCUGCAGCCCAGAGAAGGAUGACUCGCAGACCAGUCGCAACGGGGUCAAUGACAGCAAUCUCUUUGUCAACCCAACCCAGAUCUCCCCCCCUUACUACUCCCGUCAGAGUCACGAAGCCCGCCUGGGCCGUGGGCGACAGCAGCAAGAAGAAGGACAGUCGGAUCGGGGCAGCACGGACAGUGUGUCAGAGCAUGAUACGCCCAUGGAAGGAGAAAUGGAGCAAGUUGAACUCAUUGGAAAAGAUGGGCAAGUAACCGAUGUGCAUGUGAAAGUAGAGAAAACCGAGAGGCCUACCUAUUCUGAUAGUUCCUCAGCUGGUGAUGAUGGUUACCACACAGAGCUGGUAGAUGGAGAGCAAGUUUUGGCUGUUAGUGUAGGUUCUUAUGGUCCAGUUAUCCAGUCUGCUGCCUACUCCUACUCAGGGCUGUCCUCCCCAGUCUUCGUCAACCUCAGCAACUCCAGUCCAUCCCGUUCCAUCCUCAGUGGGUUCAGGGGCGGUAGAGCCAGAGCCAAGCGUCCUCUGGCCAUCCCAGCGGCGGUACUGAGUCACAUCAAACCAGGUUCAGAUGACACAGAAUCUCCUGUGGGACCCACUAUACUGGAGAACGACGUGCGAGAGCGUAGUCUGAGGAGCCAGUGGUACCCAUACAACGAAAGACUCAUUUGUGUCUAUUGUGGUAAGACCUUCAAUCAGAAAGGGAGCCUCGACCGUCACAUGCGCCUGCACAUGGGAAUCACCCCAUUUGUAUGUAAAUUCUGUGGCAAGAAGUACACAAGGAAAGACCAACUGGAGUACCACAUCCGUGGCCACACGGACAACAAGCCCUUCCACUGUCAGAUCUGUGGAAAAUGCUUCCCAUUUCAGGGUACCCUUAACCAGCACCUGAGGAAGAAGCACAUGGGAGCAACCGAGGGCAACAACCAUACGGACUCUCCAAAUAGGACGGAGGGGAGCUCAGGUCAGAAAGACCAAGAGGAUACCGCUGAGGAGAUAGCCUAUGAGGCACAAUAUGCAGAAGAGGCGCCAGCCAACGAUAUGGAGGAAAGCUCCAAAUGCAGUCCGGAAGAAGCUCAAGCAUCCAGAUGUGAUUAUUAGGUCCUGCUUCAGGUUAAAGAAGCUUUAAGAAUAGUCUAUUUCAAAUCAAUGUUUUUUUUUUUUUUAAAUCAGGUCCCUCUACUAUUGACUUGUCUUGCAUUAAAGGGGUUCUGCUCAUUUUGUGAAAGCUAGGUGUGAAAUGCAGCGAGAAGGCUUUGUAGAAUUAGAUUCUUUCAAGCAAAGGGAUUUACUUCGGGAGCUACAUCUUACUAUUUUUGCGGCGGUCCCAAUAAUCAAGACCCCCUGAGAAGAUUUCUCUUUAUAUCUUUCCAUGUUUUUAAAAACAUAUUUACAAAGUUAUAUAGGCAUGUUGCAAUAAUUGAAAAUGUGAAAGCUCUGGUAAGAUGCUUGUCAUAUCACCUUUUUACCUGACCUGUUUUUGCACAUACGGCCACAGGAGGUCACUCACUCACUAGGAAUGAUCUUUCUUCUUUUUUUUUUUCUUCUUUGCAAAGCUUUGUGUGACACAUCCGUUCAAUACCUCAUACACACAACUCCUAUCACAUACAGUAUUCUCACAUUAAUGGAACUUACUGGGUUCUACCUCAUAGCCAAGAUCCUACCGAGCACAGACAAGUUCACUGUUUGAAAUCCAUUCUAGCUUGUAUGUACAGUAUCUUUUUUUGCCAAACAAUGUAAAGAAUAUUUUCUCAACACAAAGCCUUGACACGUAGAGGAAAUAUUCCUUGUUGAUUGUACGGAUAAGACUUGGGAAAAUGAUGAUUAGAAGGUGCUAUGUGGACGGGAUGGCCGUUUGUAGUAAAAGAUAUCUGUCUGCUGUCUUAAGUGUUUUUUCCAGCAAAACACAGGAUUUUACCUCAUCACUAAUACAGGUGACGCUAAAUCACGGUUUUAGAUACUGUUAACUGUGAAAACGAUCUCGUGAUUGGAUGCCAGAAUUACACCAGAACUUGUUUUGACCUGAGUUGGGUAAGAUUGGCUAUAACUCAUUAUUCAAAGCAAUGCAGUCAAAUAACUCUGGUUUGUUCACUUCAAGUAUAUAUCCAUGUACUAAUGUCAAUAAUAUGCAAAAAGCAACAAAGGAAUCUCAGCCAUUUUGACAUGGUAUUUCUUCCGUUAUUUUCAAAGGACAAUUGCUAUUGUUUUUCUUCUGUCAUGCUGUCCAACCUGCCAUCUUUGUUCUCUGCAUCAAAUAUAAAUGUAAAUGUCUUGAUUGACCAAGGUUGUUUGCAGUAGUCAAUACCACUUGGCGUUUGACUGGCCGCGUGGUUAGAGCAAUACAUAUUGUUAAAGGUAGUGAAAGCAGAGGAUCCAAAGUAUUGACGCACUUUGCAAAUUUAGCGGGUGGGAUUGAGCAAACGAGUCUGCUAAGACUGACGACGCGGUGUCGGAUUACUUGCCUCACCACAGUUACUGCAACAACAAAAUGUAUUUUGGCUACAAAUCAUGCGUGUAACUUGGUUGUGUUUUAUCUAUAAUCUUGAACCAUGGGUAUUGGGAAGUAGCUAGUACAAAGAGACUUGUUUUUUUAUUGUGAUUUCAUCACUCAUUUUUAAUGAAUAAAUAGGCACUUAUAAAGCCGGAUUACAUUUUUUAUAACGAUUUGAAAAGUCGAAGCUCAGCUGGGUGUUUUUUUUGUUUUGUUUUUUUAAUUUAUCAACAUUGAUGUUCUUUUCCAUCCAACUGAUUGAAUGCCUUUCUUAUGGUGCAAUGUCGCUAUAUGGCAAUAUGGUGUUUUGCCAAGUUAUAUCUAGAAGGAAGCGCUAAUGUUCCUCUUAAUGUACAAUCGUAACUUAUUGCCAAUUGAGAAAGCUGAUCAAUUAUCAAAGGAAUUUGCAAGAAUCCUUUCUCCCUUUUGCUUAGUAACCAGUCUUUCAGUCUCAUCCGUGCUCUUUAAAUGAAUGUCAACCAAGUUUAGUUCAUUUGUGUCAGCUGCUGAUGUGAUGGGCUGGUUGGUGGACUAAUUUGAUUCUGCCAAUGAUGAUUCCAGGUGUGUUUUGCCCAGAUUUGCAAAUGAAAGGUACUUUUGUGCCAUAAGUUCACGCCAAAGAUUAGCAUCGCAUUUUGUCUGUAUUUCAUAAUUGAAUGCCUAAGACAAAUUGGUUGUUCACUUAAACAAACAUAGGCUAAGUUCAUUGCCAUGUGCAAGGAAUGUACCCGCCCCAGCUUAAAACAAUCAUUUGUGUCAAAUCCGAUCGAUUUUGUGAAGACUAAAUUAUAAUUGUUAAGCCAUAAAAUAGCUGAUAGUAUAAAUGAUGUGCAAUAGUAAUUUUAAACAAAAAUGGUGGCGUUUAAACCGAGUGCCUUGCCGCAAGCUUUAAAUUGCAAAGUUGGGUACUUGGAAGGACGUGCCUCAGUUCAGAGAUUAUAAUAAAUACAGCCACAUCAAUAUUAUUGUAAAGUAACACCAAUACGUCAUCCAUUUUGUACUUUUUUCAAAAGAAAGGUUUGUUUGUUUACCUUUUUAUAUGAUUUUAUUACCACGGGACAGACAAUUAAAGGUAGCAAGUGAUUACAAUCAAUCGAGGCUAUGGCCCUCUACUCAGAGACUAUGUUUAUUCCUCGGCUUCAUCCGGUGAGGACAAUCCCGUCAAUGUGCCGUAGUUUUUCGGUCUUGGACUAGACAAAGAAAGGAGAUGCAUGAUAUCUACUUCCAUUUAGUCAAACAAAAUUAAAAAUACCCUCAUAUACAGUACUCAAAUUGCACGUUGCGCAACCACGGAAUUAUAUUAAAUUGCAUAAGUUGGGGGGUUCUUUAGAGUUGUUUUUCAUUGAUUGUGCACUUAAGAGUUAUAUAACAAAAGUCUCUUUAGGUAUUUGUCGCUUAAGCAGGGGGGGUUUUUCCAAUUAAAAGGUGCUUUUUUUUUUUUUUUUGGACUUGUAAGGUUUUGUUUUCUUAUCAAAUAAGUACAUGUGUAGGUAAAUGGAGGGGGUGUUUUUUUUUUUUCAAUUGCUUUUCAUGUAGCUAUAUUUACUUAAGUCAUAGUAUACACACACCGAACCAACUGACCUUGACACUCACUCUAGUUGACCUCUCCUAACCCGAAAUACUUUAAGUUCCAUGCAGGAGAUGCAAUAUGGGCCACGCGUAAUCAAAAGGAAGUGUUUACAGGGGAAAAGCUGUCAAGACUACUUUUUGAAAUUGCAGCUCAUCCUCUAUACGUGUUAAACUCACUUUCAGGUAGUUUACGAACACUGAUACAAGCUUAGGAAAAAAAAAAACAUGAAGUCUUCCAUAUUUUAUUUUUUAUUUUUUUUUAAGUUUCUGUCCACUGUGUAUAAAUAAUAAAAGAAAGCAAUAAAUUUUUAUAAAGUGGUGUAUUGGGAUCAUCAUGAAUAUUGAAACAAGCUGUUAAAUUCAAACAGGAACAGGGUAUGGAAGUAGAAUUGUCUCACAUCAACUUAUAUAUAUAUAUCAAUAUGAUAUUAAUACAUGUGCAUAUAUUAAUAAAUAAAUAAUUUGUAUAAAUACAUGCGUAUUUGUAAAUAUAUUUUUCAAAUUUGAAAAUAUAUACAAAUAAAACGUAUAAAUAUAAAAAUGUCACAAAUAAAUCAAGAAUUUGUAUAAAUAAACAUGUAUUUGUAAAUAUAUUUUUGAGAUUUGAAUAUAAAUAUGCUUGAUUUUGUAUUUGUAUUUGUAUUGAAUUUGCGUAUGUGGAUCGGUUUUUUGCUCUUGUCGAUGAGACAUUUAUACCACAAACCAGAUGCACAAAUAAAUGUGACCUACACACUCCCCUGAACAACCAGCAGAGGGCACUGCAGCCAGAGCCACACAUUGCACUGAUAGGAGAUCAGUAUCUACAUUAAAGUUAAAGUACCCAUGAUUGUCACACACACUAGGUGUGGCGAAAUUAUUCUCUGCAUUUGACCCAUCACCCUUGAUCACCCCUUGGGAGGUGAGGGGAGCAGUGAGCAGCAGCAGGGGCCACACCCGGGAAUAAGCUUUGGUGAUUUAACCCCCAAUUCCAACCUUUGAUGCUGAGUGUCAUCGGAGCAAGGUCAUUAAAAGGCAUUGAUACAAUAAGAUAAGCAGUGAGCACGGUCUUUCAGAUUAACUGGAUAAAUUAGCAUUAGCUAAUACAACGCUAACAUUAGCUAGCUCAGGCCCGUUCUGUGUUCUCUGUAAAGACGUGGAUUGUUUUUGUGCAGAGAACUCCGAGCAUUUUGCAUAUAAUGCUCUGUGCCCCAGACCGCUCUGGCUGCAGUGCCCUCUGCUGGUGGUUCAGGGGAGUGUGUACGUCACAUUUGUUUGUGGGAGGAAUGUCUCAUCGACACACAAGCAAAAAAGCGAUCCACAUAUGCAAAUACAAAAUCAAGCAUAUUUAUAUUCAAAUCUCAAAAAUAUAUUUACAAAUACACGUUUAUUUAUACAAAUUCUUGAUUUAUUUGUAUGUCACAUUUUUAUAUUUAUACAUUUUAUUUGUAUAUAUUUUCAAAUCUCAAAUAUAUUUACAAAUACACAUUUAUUCAUACAAAUUAUUUAUUUGUAUAUUUAUUAAUAUAUGCAUAUGUAUUAAUAUCAUAUUGAUAUAUAUAAGUUGAUGUGAGACAAUUCUACUUCCAUAACAGGACGGUUGGAAAUUUUGUAUUUGCUGAAGACUUUUAGACAAGUUUGCUUUCUAUUAUGAAAAAAAAAAUAACACUAUAUGAGAAAAAUGUGGUAGUAAUCUACUCCGCAGUGAGUACGGAGUUGCACCUCCAGCUGUGUCGAAAACAACGAAAGGGAUUUUUUUUUUUGGGCCGUAAAAGCCAGAUUCUGAGAGCGGGUGAUGUGUUGUCAUGUUCAGGUUCGGAUGACCUCUAGUGGAGUUGAGUCGGAGUAAACGCACUAUCAUGUCUCUGACUUGCAUGUUUUUGGGGAUAAAGCAAAAAACCUUAGAACUCAGGGUGUAUAGUGUUUAAAAAAAAUGUCUCAUUGGACAUACAUCCUAUGUCCACAAUCGUGCACUUCUCUUCAGGUGGUGGGGGGGGACAAGUCCUCAAGUCAGUGGUUUUCAUACAUUCUGCCUCAAGGACUGGAGUGCAUUAAGUUCCCCAGAACUGAAGGUCCGAGUGAAUAUCCAGAAAAACCUGAAUCAUGACAUCACAUGUGCCCCCCCCCAACCCCCCCUAACCCCAACUCCUCUUUUGUCCACUCUCCACACAACCUCACAACCCAACUGUGAACCUCAGAACUCUACUGUUUUGUACAACUAUGAAGUAAAUGAAGCUAGCUCCAGCUGUGUCGAUUUGCCAUUUAUGAGUUUUAUUUUAUAGCAUGAAAUAAAGGUAUAUUUAUUCAAAUGAUAUAUUUUACUCAUAAUCAUUAUGUGCAGCUUCAUUUUGGUUCUUAAGCUUGUAAAUUGCUUUUUUAUUAAAGGAAAAAAAAAAUGUUAAGAGAAAAAUGCGUUUGUAAAAUAAAGACGCUGAUUUGGC